GUCUUAACUGCUGAAAUCAAUAACGUUGACGACCAGCAGUACUAGGAAUCUACUAUUCUAAGAGGACUGUCCUCAGAGGACAUCAUCUUCGAACACUUCUCUUCUAGAUAACGAGGGUGAUGAUUAUAGAAGGGUAGUUUCGCUUUGAGGAGCGAAACAAGAUACAGAACGCAAGAACUCCUAAUUAAGUUAUAUGUCGCUCAAGCGUCAAAAGAUACCUCCAGAACAGGUAAAUGAAUGAAUGAACCUCCUUUAUCCAAGAUGAGAAAGACAUGUGACAAACUCGUUCGUCUCCUAGCUCUGGGAGAGCUAGUGGACCACGCCGUGAGUGUCGAGCACAGGCACAGCACGACUCAGCAUCACAAGACAACGGUUGUUCAGACUCAGCACAAACAGCGACAAGAAACGCAAGAUGAAACAGGUGAUGUUGAGCAGGAUGAAGAGGAUAAAAACGAUGAAGAAGAAGAAGCAGAAGAAGAAGAAGGCAGCGCAGUGGACCCAGAGAACUUCCCGAAUGAGGUUGACCAAGGACAAGAAAAAGAUGAACGGCAUAAGGAAGAGGGGGAGGACGGAGACGGUUCAGCACUAUCAUCUCUUCCACCCGGUGACAAAAAGGUAGAUGAUGAUCAUCUAGCUGCAGCUCAGCAGAGUGCUGAGGCGGCACCAUCUGAUGUCGCCGAGGCAGGUACUACUUGUUGGAUUUACACGUAAGUGAUUUUUUUUUUAGAUUAGUAGUGAUUUUAGAAGAACAAAGUGAAAAGUUGAGGAGGUUCAGGAUGUUGACGACACUCAUAGUUUAUACGAAUAUGUAACUUUCUUUAUUUGUACAUCAUCAUCAGCUUCAGCAUGAUGAGCACUAACAUUCUCUUCUCAUGUGAUCCGUUUCAAAUAUAUCUUCUCGUCCUUCUCCUCCUGCUACAGAUGCAGCUCUUAAUAACGACAACCGCGUGAAAGAACCUCUCUUCAAGGUCAAAGCUAAGGCCAAUCCUGCGAGUGGCAACGAACCGAAUGCUUUCCUCCAACAUCGAAGGUCCGUAGAUCGAAGAUCCGUAGUUGCGACGAAACAGGAAGACACGACUUCAACUCCUGAAGUUAAGCAGAAAAUUAGAAUUUGAAUUUGUGUUUGUUAUUUUGUUGCUUCUACGUUUACUUUCUCGGUGUUUUCUAGUCAGGUUUGCUCCACCAACAUUUACCACUACUACCAGCUCCUGACAGUGACUACAAUCUGAUACGUUUGAACAAGAACAAUCGCUUCAUGAUUUACUUUCUAACGAAGAACCUGAAGUUGCUGCGUUGGUCGGGGAGGAAGACGACUCCAAGAGAAAGACUGGUGCCUUUCUUGCGCCGCGAGUCGAGUCUUAGGAUGGCAGACAGCAGGGAAGAACAUUAACGAACGAUUAUAAGAUCUGAUAAACGCGAGCACGACACCAGCUACCCAGAUAGCAAAUUCAACUAGAGCCAUAUGAUCCAUUACCACGCUACAGAAUUCAAGUUGAUAUUAUAUGAGUAAUACAUGAUGAAGAUUCUUUUUUGGAUUAGGUACAUGAAGAUGAAGGCUUUCGAAUAGGAACAUCAUCAUCAACUAGUUGUAUGUAAUAAUAUAUAGAAUUUUUGGACACUUCUUCUUAUCAAAUCUCGACAUCCUAUUCUCAACAACUCGUACUUGUACAUCUAAUACAAUCAUCAAAAAAAAUGAACCACGGCCACAAUCUACGAAGAACCACGUCGACAUGUAAGACCUGUACUCAAGAACAUAGGAGAAUCAAUUUUUUGGGCAAACAUGAUAAUGAUUCAUUCG